GCUCCUUCUCUCUUGAAGCCCAGGAGGAGGAGGAGGAGGCGGCAGGAGGAAAGAGGCAGGGAUCGGGAUGAGAGCUGGACAUAGAUCCGGGUCGCAUGAGUCAGCGAGUAAAACAUUCACUUCUCUCGGACAGAGAAAAAAUCGGAGCCGCAGAAAUACAUUUUGAGCUGCUUGUUGCCAGAUUUGACGCCACUCUGAUUUUUUUCCGCCAUCCUGUAGCCUACUUUUGAUUUUUGUUUUUUUUUUAUUCCCCUUUUUCGCCCCGCUAAGGUGGGAGAAGCGGGGUAGGGUUGUAGAGGUGGUAGAUGUUUUAUUUUUGAUUGUCUUUUCCAAGUGGUUUUUAAUUUUGUUUUUUGGUGACUGGAGGAAGAUGUCGGGGCAGAGCAUUACGGACCGGAUAACUGCAGCCCAGCACAGUGUGACGGGAUCCGCCGUGUCCAAAACUGUCUGCAAGGCAACCACGCACGAAAUUAUGGGCCCCAAAAAGAAACACUUGGAUUAUUUAAUCCACUGUACCAAUGAGAUGAACGUGAACAUUCCUCAGCUGGCUGACUCGCUGUUUGAGAGGACCACCAACACCAGCUGGGUGGUGGUGUUUAAGUCACUGAUCACCACACACCACCUCAUGGUCUACGGCAACGAGCGUUUUGUCCAGUAUUUGGCUUCAAGGAACACACUAUUCAACCUCAGUAACUUUUUGGACAAAAGCGGUUUACAAGGUUACGACAUGUCAACGUUUAUCAGGAGGUAUAGUCGAUACCUGAACGAGAAAGCAGUUUCGUACAGACAGGUUGCCUUCGACUUCACGAAAGUUAAGCGAGGGGUGGACGGCGUCAUGAGGACCAUGAAUACAGAAAAACUGCUGAAGACGAUCCCAAUUAUUCAGAACCAGAUGGACGCGCUGCUCGAUUUCAAUGUCAAUGCCAACGAGCUGACUAAUGGAGUCAUCAAUGCCGCCUUCAUGCUCCUCUUCAAAGACUCCAUCAGGCUCUUUGCUGCUUAUAAUGAAGGCAUCAUUAACCUGCUUGAGAAAUACUUUGAUAUGAAGAAGACGCAGUGUAAAGAAGGCCUGGACAUUUACAAGAAGUUUCUCACCCGGAUGACACGGAUAUCAGAGUUCCUCAAAGUGGCAGAGCAGGUGGGAAUAGAUCGAGGAGACAUUCCAGAUCUUUCUCAGUUCACAGUUUGUGCUCCCAGUAGUCUUCUUGAAGCUUUGGAGCAGCACUUGGCCUCCUUAGAGGGCAAGAAGGUCAAAGACUCCACUGCAGCUAGCAGAGCCAGCACUCUGUCAAACGCAGUGUCCUCGCUGGCCAGCACGGGAAUGUCUUUCACCAAAGUGGACGAGCGGGAGAAACAGGCAGCUCUGGAAGAAGAACAGGCUCGACUCAAAGCUCUGAAGGAACAAAGGUUGAAGGAGCUUUCCAAGAGACCCUCCUUUGCCACCACUGAUACGUCACCAAUUUCCACCACCGGGGGCACUAUUAUCACAGCACCGGCCAUUGACCUCUUCUCAACACCCAGCUGCUCUAAUGGUGCUUUGAAGAUGGAAAGCAACCUUUUUGAACUGCAGUCGUCUUUUCAGCCCUCCGUGCAGUCAGACUCCACAGGACGUCCUGCAGCGACGGCGUGGGCAGAUCCUUUUACUUCUGCUGACGCGGGAGAUGAUUCCAUGCCAAACCUUAACCCUUUCCUGUCCAAAGUCGUUGUCGAUGCCACUCACGUACCUGUCGUGUCUUCAGACGGUGUUAGCUUUUCUUCUAGGACAUCCGCUCAUGAAAUGUUUGGUGAUCAUUACAAUCCCUUUUUUGACACAAACCCAUCUGUUUCAACCAAUUACAAACGCACAGUGCGGAUAGAACCCUCCGUCUCAGACUCCUUCUGUGGUCCAGUGUCCGUUUCCCAGCACCUCCCACACCAGGCUCCCUUCCCCACUGAGCCCUCUACUGUAGCAGCUCUGUUCAGAGGCUACUCGACGCCACAGGCUCCUCCCCAUCAGUCAGCAGGAGGUCUCCAGGUGGACUUUGAGUCUGUUUUUGGAGCCAAAGCCACAGGAAGCAACAGCCUCAACUCUGACGACAUCACUGGGGGGAUUCUCAAACCCACUCUUGCUGGCUCGAACCAGCCGUCCAGUCAGCAGCCGGAGAAGCUAGUGUCAGAUGACCUUGACUCCUCCCUGGCGAACCUUGUUGGCAAUCUCGGCAUCGGAAACGGAACAACAAAAAAUGACAUUCACUGGAGCCAGCCCGGUGAGAAGAGGAUGACCGGCGGCACCAACUGGCAGCCCAAGGCGGCACCAACCACAACCUGGAACCCUGUUUCUAUGCCGCCGUCAAUAAUGGCUUUUCCUGCAACCACACCCACAGGCAUGAUGGGAUAUGGCAUGCCUCCACAAAUGGGCUCCGUGGCGAUGAUGAAUCCGCCCACCAUGAUGUACAGCCAGCCGGUGAUGAGGCCACCAAACCCAUUUGGCUCGGUGUCUAGUGCUCAGCCCUCUGCUGCAUCUAGUCCUUCCAGCCAGAGUCCUCUCCGAGCCCCUGGACAGGACCCGUUUGCACACCUCUCUCUCAAGGAUUUCUUGUAGAGCGUCUCUUUAGAUGCAGUUCAUGUAAUUUGAAUGAAACGGCUCUUGGAAGAUGAAGCACUUGUCCUUGCUGCAGAGAAACAUUCACACAACCCCAAAAUACAGAUCUGUCAGGAACAGUGCCACGGUGAUCAGAAACCAUGGUAACCGUGUGCAAAUGGCGCUCAGCGGUAGCUCACACCCAUUAUUCUGUAACGUGUCCGAGGCGUUGAAAGAUGCUGCUGUCUAACCCCGUGUGUGAGACCUGUGACAGUAGGUCCGGGUGUUGAGAAACCUUUUGGAGAUACUGCGGUUGGAUGAAGAAAAGGAACGCGGUCCUUCCCUUUACCGAUCAGUCGUCCGUUCCCCGCGGUUAUUUAACAGUCACUCAGUAGUGAUGCUAAUGGCGUUUACACCUGUUUAGUUUUUGUCUUUUUUACAGUGUUUACAGUAGACAUUCCUCGUGUGUUGUUUGUAUUUAUUUAUGAUUAUUGGUUUAAGGUUGGGGGAAAAUAAUAUUGUAAAGUACAUCGAACACGUGGGAGCGCUUCAGCGUUAAACGAGGAUCUAUUAUCAAUAGCUGUUCUAUAAAUUACACCUAUUAAGCGGAAUGAUAGCGCACUAAAUAUCUCAGAGUUUUGUGUUGAACUUUUCUACUAGAUUUCACAGUCUCCAUUGUCCAGGGCUUAGCGUGUGAGUUAACUGUAGAUAUUCUGUGCCUAGGGUUUUUGCAAUGGAACUGUUUUGUGUCUAGGAAACAUCCACGAUUCUGAUGCGUCGCGCUGGCGGCGCGCUCCAUUUGCUUUAAGCUUGGCAUGCCAUUGACUCACUGAGCGUAUUCAAGGCUGCCUUUACUCUGAAUGUGAAAGAUUUGUCUUCAUGUUGCACACAUCUUUCCAAGCUGCAGCUCGGUGGCACGGUGGGAUAACGGCGGCGUGUUUGCUGGCUUCUGAUGUAAAUUAAUUGUAUAAAACAGAUCCAGAGGACCAGGGUGGAGAGGAGCACUGUUGAUCGGUGCUUUGUGUAUAUAUAUAUAUUAAAAUAAAACCUGACUGUUCUUUGAGUGCAAAAAGUGAAAGAUGUAUGAAAUAUGAAAGCAAUUCAAUCAAAUUUGACUCUACCUAAGUUUGAUUCAGGAUAUUCUUUGCGUUUGUCUCUGCAGAUAUUUUCUUUUAUGUUAUUAGAACGUGUAGCAAACAAUGACUCGUCUUUUCUUUCUUUUACAAAUAAAGAGCAGCUUCCACAAAA